AUGGAAGGAACGAGUCCCCGGAACGGCCUCGGCUCCUUGCUCUCGGACGUCGCCAGCAAAACGACGCCGUUGCCCUGGACGACGGUCCAAGAGCAGCCUUACGUGGAUGUCGAAAAGAUACGGAGCGCGGCCUCGAUUCGCGUUCUGGACGCACUCGCUUGCCUGUUUUUCAGCCUCUCGUCCCUCGUCUGCCCAUCCGUCGACCUUUUUUUCUCUCUCUCUUUGGCGUGCCCCACUCGCACCAGCGACACUCACGCAAACUUGCACAAGCGUGAAUCCUUCACGCCCUGGUCAGGUUAUUCACCGCGUUCCCUUUUUUGUGCACUCCUUUUCGUCUUUCUCCGUUGCACGAGUCUCUCUGUUUUGAUUUCCUCGCUUUUUUAUACUUUUGCACACAAGUUUGACCGUUUUCUUUAGAAUUAACCCGACCAAACCUUUCCAAAAUUUUGAAAUUCAGCGCUGUCCAAUGCGCUUUCCAGAUCCCUUUCGAAUUAAUCUAAAAAUAAGUAAUCAAAUAUAAGUCAAGCUCUAUGAGUUGAUAGCGGUUUUCUGGCGCUUCAUUUUUUGAGGAAACUGUAAAGGGCGUUUUGGCCGAAUACAGAUACAGCUUCUUUAUUUUGCAAAAAAAUGAAGAUUCACUGUUUCAAUUUUUUUUCUCGUUUACACUCUUUUUCUGCCUUUAUUGUACAGCAAAAUUAAGAAAUUUUCAACGUUUUUCCGCUCUUUUGGAAUUAUUUGUUAUGAAUUCAUUUUACAAAGUUACAAAAAUUGAAAUAAUUAGUGAUACAGCUCUAUUUUUGAAAGGACUUCUUGCUCUGACAGAUCUUCCUGGUAAUGUAGGGAACCUCGGACUUCUAUUGCUCUGUGUUCUGUCGGUGAGAAGAUUUUCGAAGACGCGGUCAAUCCGGGGAGGUGCGCCGAUCCAAACGAGUCCGUGGCCUUGCCGCCUGCCUGCAUAAAACCAAUUCAUCCGCCGGAAUACACAGAUACGGCUGCCUUUUCCACACCUUUUCCCUCUUUCUGUAGACACAAUUCGCGUUUCCAUCAUAGUUUGAAUAGGAAUCCGGAAAAGAAAUCCGAUUGA